ACUUCAACUUGGAUUGUGUAAACUUAAAGCCCAUUAAAUUAGGUUUUCGUGUUCCCCAAAUUUUUCAACCCAUUUUCUUUUUCUUUUCAAACAAAGGUUAGAUUUUUCACCUGUUUCGACUUUCGUCACGCGUUACAAACCUUACUGUUUUUUUUUUCCCAUUUGUUCAGGUUAAAAAAGUUAAACAUUUUGUUUUUUCGCUGUUCGUUGUCUCUUGCACAAAUUUUUUUAGGGUUUAUUGCUAUAAACCCUAAAAAUAUUAGGUCAGAGUUUUUAGUAUUCUGUUAAAUUAGGGUUACAUGUGACUGUGGAUUUGGGGGAAUUUUUUAAAUUUCUGCUGGGUUUAAGGUUUCUAAGUCUCUUUAUUUUCAAUUCCAGUGGUAUAAUACUUCUAGGGUUGAAUUAGGGUUAUAGGUGACCGUCGAUUGGGGGAAUUUUUUUAAUUUCUGUUAGUUUAGGGUUUCUAAGACUCUUUGUUUUCAAUUCCAGUGGUAUAAUAUUUCUAGGGUUUUAGAGCUGUUCUUACCCCUUUUUUUGCAAAUUGAUGUAAUUCGUGUUUUUAGGGUUAGGGUGUCUAUUGUUUUUACCGCAAUUUCUUUUUUCUUGUGCAAAUUAAUGUAAUUCGUGUGUUUUUGUUCAAAUUGGGGGAUUUUUAUUUUUACUUUUUUGGUUUCAGUAGCUGGGGUUUUAGGGUUAAGAUUGGAGCAAAAGAGUAUGGAAUCUGAUCAAGCCAAACUGUUUGUGGGAGGGAUAUCUCGGGAGACAAGUGAAGCUAUUCUCACGGAUCAUUUCAGCAAAUACGGCAACGUCGUUAGCUCUGUCGUAGCUAAAGACAAGAACACCAAAAGCCCUCGUGGUUUCGGCUUUGUGUUGUUCUCUGAACCUUCUUCAGCUGAUAAAGCUCUUCAAGCUACCCAUGUAAUUCUUGGUAGAACGGUAGAAGUGAAAAAGGCAAUACCCCGAAGCGAACAAAACCAAAUUCAGCGACAACAGCACCACAAUUCGAAUGAACAGCCGAGUAGGAAUGGUGGUAGUGAACCUGUUGAUAGCAAUAAUCACUUUAGGACUAAAAAGAUCUUCGUAGGGGGCUUAUCUGCUAGUCUAACCGAGGAAGAGUUUAAGAAUUACUUUGAAAGAUUCGGUAGAAUAACCGACGUAGUUGUGAUGCAUGACAGCUUGACUAAUAGGCCUAGAGGAUUCGGGUUUGUUACUUUCGAAUCGGAAGAGGCUGUGGAGAAUGUUAUGCAGAAGAGUUUUCAUGAGUUGAGUAAUAGGCUUGUGGAAGUCAAACGUGCAGUGCCAAAAGAAGGGAAUAAUGGUGGUAACAAUGGUUAUAACAUGAAGGCUGGUGUUGUACCGGUAUCACCAUAUAAUGGUUUUCAGCCUUUUGAUUACGUUCCCAGUAGUCCUGGAUAUGGUAUGUUCCCUGGUUAUGCUCCUCUUAUUGGGUAUAAUACCAUUGAUGGAUAUGUUUACGGAAGUGGUGUUUAUGGCAAUGGGUACCCAACCGUUGGAUAUGGUAGGAUAGGUUAUGGUGUCCCUUCAGUUACUCCGAGGGGCUCUUUUUAUGCCCCUGUAAUGCUUGGACCAAGACUUUGCCCGCCACCUUAUGGAACUGCAUCUGCCUAUCCCCCUUGCAUGAACAAUGGGGUUGGUCUAGUGGGUACAGUGACUGGUGGGUUCAAUGGGAUUACUGGGAACGCAGUUGAUGGAAAAUCAAAUCAAGUUAAUGAUGACUCUCGAGAUCCACCUACAAAUGCCAUGCCACCUCAGACCGAAGGAGCAAACUAUGAUGGUGAGGGUUUAAAGGAAUGCAACGCCGGUGCUUCUAGCGAACAGGAUCAGAAACAUCAUGACGGAGAACUUGAGCCUUUAUAUGUUGAUGCUUCAAGAUGAUCACUCGGCACAUUUGGGGUUUCGAACUUUGAAGGUUUCACUACUCUGUCAGGCAAUGUUAAUAAUGAAGCUAUGUUUUUUUUAUUCAA